AUGGCCUCGACCUCAACGACCCCAAUGGAGGAUGCUAUCCGGGAGAAGAUCACAGCAAACUUCAACCCGUCCUCCCUCAUCAUCCGAAACGACUCCCAUCUCCACGCUCACCAUGCAGCCAUGCGCGGUGCUACCUCCAGGGAAACACAUUUCCAUGUGACGGUUGUUUCGCCCUCGUUUCAAUCGAAAAUGCAGCCCGCGCGCCAUCGUAUGAUCUACGCUUUGCUAAAGGAGGAGAUGAGUCGGGAGGGUGGAAUUCACGCAUUGCAGCUGCGGACUAAGACGCCGGAGGAGGAACAGAGGGAGAAGGAGAGAUCGGCGCAGUCGUCAUAA